UUGCAUCCAUAACAAAACAACUGACAGCCCAUUCCAAUAUCUGUUUGUCGAGCAAAAAUAUGAAGAAGACGAGUAUGAUCCACAUUGCCAGACAACUAAUAACGCCAUCGUUAUCAUGUCGGAAUUUCUCUUCUCCUUCCAACAACAAACUAUUCGUUGCAGGCUUGUCAUGGUCAGUGGGUGAAAAAUCAUUGACAGAAGCAUUCUCUUCGUUCGGUGAGGUAUCCGAAGUAAGGAUCAUGUAUGAUAAAGAUAGUGGUAGGUCAAGAGGUUUUGGAUUUGUAAAUUUCUCAAAAGAAGAUGACGCUAGUUUAGCUAAAGACGCUAUGGAUGGGAAGACUUUUUUGGGGCGGCCAUUGAGGGUUAACUUUGCGCUGGAAAAGGUCAAUAGCGAACCUGUAACCACCUGCAAUACUAACAGCAGAACUACUAUUGGUAGGAUCCGCUGAGACAACAUAUUAGCAAGCUACGGGUAUGCAUGUUCUUUAUGGUGUAGGUUAUGAAUUAAUGUUGCCUUGAUUACAGUUGGUCUAUAUUAUAGAUUUAUAUUCAUGUCUUGUUUAAUGCUUCCAA